ACCCCAACGAAUCCCCAACGGAAUGUGCAGGGGUGGGGAGCAACAGCCCAGCCAAACAGUGACAAGAAGAGUCCCAACAACACCCAGGGACACUAAGGACAAAGAGGGUGCCCCAGGCACCUCCCAGCAAGCAGAUCUCUGCCAGGUCCUUGUGGCAAGGAGUCUCCUGGAUAUUCCUGCCCAAAAAGAUUGAGUGGGAGGACGGAAGAUGCAGACACAAUUAAGCAGAUAUUGCAAGCACGAGGAUAUGUUUCAUGGACACAAGCUGUCAGGGUUUUGCAGUAACCACUUCCAACCAAAAACAUUUUCCCUUCGGAUUUGGUCAUCAUAUCCCAGUUCUGCUCUCACAGUGGAAAAUUUGAAAAGGCUGGAAGAGGAAUAUGUGGCUUCUAAAGAAGCCUUCAAAAUCCAGAGAAUACAAGAUUAUAUUGAGCAGACUAAUCUUGCUCUCUUCCACAAAGAGACGACUAGGAGAACCAGCAGAUGCUGUGCCUGUGAUGCAGAGCAUGAAGAAGCCUUUUUAUUCCUUCCUGCUAAACAAGCAAAAAUUGCAAUUGGGUUUCCUGAAAGACCUCUGAAGAAAGAAGAGAUAUUGACAGCACCAGCCACAUAUUCUCCAUCAGCUCAGCCCAGAGGAACUGUGCCGAAGGAAUCCAGGCUGCUCUUCCAGCUGAGGAAAAAAAAUCGGUUUGAUUUCCCAGCCACAGUAAAUCAGCAUAAUACCACCCUUCCCACCACGGAUGCUGCUGCAGCAACACGGAUUUACACCAUCUGGAGACAAGGCUCCCUCCUCCCCUCUGCCCCACGUAAACGUAGAGACACAUGUAACCUUCCUUGCAGAGAGAAGGCAAGGAAAGGAAAUUGAAUAGACGCUCUUGUGAAGAGGCAAACAAAGACCAAAUUCUUUUCUAGUGACUUUAAACAGCACUCAGUUCAUUAAUAACAAUCUUUAUAGGAAUAUCCAAAUUAUUUUUUUUAAACUUGUUUCUUCCCUUGGCACCAAGGGAAAUGGAUGCAAGCAGCUGCUUUAGGGAAAGCUGUUACAUUGUCACAUUAACACCCUGCAAGGUGUUUUUUGGAUUAUAUUUUAUAAAUUACAUUCAUAGGCAUUGUAAAUAUGCUAUAGAUUUUUAAUAAAUUUAAAUGUCCAACACUUAUAUAAAUAACUGUUCUAAAUUCAUAA